UGCAAGUGCUUAAAAAGUGCAAUUUUUUUAUCAAAUUUGCUUCGUGAUGCACAAAUUUUGAUUAGGACCUUCAAAAAUUCUUAAGAAACAGCAGAGGUUAAAAAGUUAAUCUCAUUUCACAUAAUAUUUCAUUAAUUUAGGAAAUUAUUUAAAUAAACAAUAUCUAACAAUGGUAGUCCAAUUGGAACGAGAUGAAAUUUUACUUCUUUUCGAUGUUGAUGGAACACUUACAUUCCCUAGAACGGUAAUUGAACCAGAAAUGGAAAAAUUUCUUUAUGAAAAAAUUAAACCAAAAGCAACAAUUGCUAUCGUAGGAGGUUCUGAUUUAGAGAAAAUGUUUGAACAGAUCAAUGGAAAGAGAAUUUUACAAGAAUUUGAUUUUAUAUUCCCAGAAAAUGGUCUGGUUCAAAUAGAAAAAGGAAAAGAAGUUGGAAGUGCUAAUAUAAAACAACAUUUAGGAGAAGCUACAUUACAAAGAUUUAUCAAUUUUGUUUUAAGAUAUUUAUCAGAAUUGGAUUUACCAUUUAAACGUGGAACAUUUUUAGAAUUUAGAAAUGGUAUGAUGAAUAUUUGUCCAGUUGGAAGACAAUGUAGUCGAGAAGAGCGAAAUUUAUUCAAUGAAUACGAUAAUGAACAUCAUAUUAGACAAAAAAUGAUUGAUACUCUUAGAAAAGAAUUUCAUGAUGUUGAUUUAACAUACAGUAUCGGAGGACAAAUUAGUUUUGAUGUUUUCCCAAAAGGUUGGGAUAAAACAUAUUGCUUACGGCAUAUUGAAAAAGUUGGAAAUUUUAAAGAAAUUCAUUUUUUCGGUGACAAAACAGAACCAGGUGGUAAUGAUUAUGAAAUUUUUGUUGAUAAAAGAGUUAUUGGACAUAAAGUAACUACACCGCAUGAUACAAAAGCUAUUCUAAAAGAAAUGUUUGCAAUUUAAUUUUGUAUAAAAAUCUAAAGCAUUUGCCAUUUUGAGAUCUUUUUUAGAAGCCAAAGAUCAAAAAUUGUAUAUUUAAUGACUACAUCAACAAUUUUUUUUUUAAUUAUCUAGAUAUAAAAAAAAAUUUAUAAUAGCA